CUUAGUCAAGCACCACCUCCAUGGAUCCAGGACAGGUUUGUCCCAUGGCCUGCUCUGAACAGUGUGUUUUCUGAUAGAAGAUUCCAUUGGCAAACCAUCUAUUGCCUUACCGAACAAGCUAAGAAGAUGGAUCUGUUGAAGAACCAUCUGACUGUGUGCUUUCUACCUUCUGUGCCCUUUCUAAUCCUAGUGUCCACUCUAGCAACUGCUAAGAGUGUCGGUAACAGCACUUUAAAUGGCACUGACGCGGUCUUGGGCUCUGUGCCCGUAAUCAUUGCCAGAACUGACCAUAUCAUAGUCAAGGAAGGGAACAGUGCCUUGAUUAAUUGUAGUGUUUAUGGCAUCCCUGACCCGCAGUUUAAGUGGUAUAAUUCCAUUGGCAAGCUGCUGAAAGAAGACAGUGAGAAGGAAAAAGGAGGAAAAUGGCAAAUGAUCGACGGUGGUCUCCUGAACAUCACCAAGGUGUCUUUCUCUGACCGAGGUAAAUACACGUGCGUGGCUUCUAAUGUCUAUGGUACUGUGAACAACACAGUGACGCUGAGAGUCAUUUUCACCUCCGGAGACAUGGGUGUCUACUACAUGGUCGUCUGCCUCGUGGCCUUCACCAUCGUCAUGAUCCUCAACAUCACCCGCCUGUGUAUGAUGAGCAGCCACCUGAAGAAGACCGAGAAAGCCAUCAACGAGUUCUUUCGGACAGAAGGUGCAGAGAAGCUGCAAAAGGCCUUUGAGAUCGCCAAACGCAUCCCCAUCAUCACCUCAGCCAAAACGCUAGAGCUUGCCAAAGUGACCCAGUUCAAGACCAUGGAAUUUGCCCGUUACAUUGAAGAGCUUGCCAGGAGUGUACCUCUUCCCCCUCUCAUUAUGAACUGCAGGACCAUCAUGGAGGAGAUCAUGGAAGUGGUUGGGCUGGAGGAGCAGGGGCAAAAUUUUGUGAGACACACCCCAGAAGGCCAGGAGGCCACGGACAGGGAUGAGGUGUACACCAUCCCCAACUCUCUGAAGCGAAGCGACUCUCCCACGGCCGACUCAGACGCCUCGUCACUGCACGAACAGCCCCAGCAGAUUGCCAUCAAGGUGUCUGUGCACCCCCAGGCCAAAAAAGAUCAUGUGGAUGACCAAGAGGGGGUACAGUUAGAGGGCAAAGAUGAAGAGGAGACGGAACCAUCGGCCGAACGUUCACCAGAAACUGGAGAGCCUUCCACAGACAUCACAUCCACUGAGCUCACAUCUGAAGAGCCCACGCCAGUGGAGGUAUUGGAUCGAGGACUGCCCCCAGCUCAGAUGGAGACAACAGAGCCAGCAGUGACAGAUGACAAAAACACCUGCAUUAUUUAUGAAAGCCAUGUCUAAUACCAACUCCGAAAAGCUAUGCAUAUCCAGAAAAUCAGGAGCUCUCCUUGUCAUACAGAUUAGUACGCACUUGCCGCUAAGCCUUACCAGGAGACUCUCAUCCCUUAGGUAGGAGUGAUGCCAUUUUCCAAGGGGAAAACACCUGCGUGCAGCUUACAUGACUGGAAUCUCCCCGGUAGAAAAGGAUGCGAGAAACAUCAGGGUGCAGAACUGAUAAUAUCGGACAGAAAGGAUCUGUCCGUGUGAUUUGAAUUUUAGAGGCCAUUCUCUGCCAAAUCCCUUAAUUGGUGAUGCCCUUUAGGCACAAAGUCCACUUACUGUAAGAGAUCCUGAGUUCAAGAGCCCUGUCCAAUGCACACCGCAUUGCUUUUCCUUUUAAAAAUUAUAGGUCUGUUACCAUAGCAAAUGCACGUACAUGGGUUUGUUGCACUUUUCUUCUCAGUUUAAAUUAGCUUCACUGUUCCUUUACAAUGGGAUAGUUGUUAUGAUAGUAAUACUUAAUUGAUCUUUCUGAUUUAUCUUCUUUGCCGUUUUUGUCCUUCGUUUUCCUUAGAAACUUACCUCAUGGGCUUUUUGAUAUCAGCCUCCCCGAGUUCCAGGGCUGAUAGCUAGAAGUCAUUUGUAAUCUUCCGAAGUAGUUUCUAUGCUCCUUGAUUCUGGUGUUGGCUUUGCUUUUCAUUCUCCAGGUCUAUUUUCAUACAGUACUGUUGCUUUUUUUUUUUAAGUUCCCCACUGAAGCUGCUGUUGUGAAACUGAGAAAACCUUUGCCCCAGAAUAGCACUUUAAUAGUCAAAUAAAAAUGUGUUUACUUGUCCAGUUCUAAGAGCCUUUUGGUGAACUCAGCUACGGUGUGGAGGAAGGAUUAAAGUUUGAAAGUACACCCUGCACUCCUAUAAAAGGAUGGUUUACAUUUAAGUAACAUCAUUCCUACAGUUGUAGCUAUCAGCUUCCCAGAAGGGUUUGUCAGGACUAAUACACGUGAUAGGACAUCAGGAGAAGGAUCUGUACAGUACAUAACCAGGUCCACUUUUGUAACCUGCACAGCUGACUUACUGACCCUUGAAAGGCAGAGGGAAAGAUGAAGGUGAAGGCGUAGAGAACCAUGCCAUUAACUUUAUGCCAAAAUUGUUGAUGUAUGAAUUAGUCCCACAAGACAUCAGUAUAUGCAAGGCAGCGUGAUGUUACAGAACAAAGAUGAAGCUAGUCAUCCCGAGGUUUAGCGCCUACCUUACCGUGCCAAUAACCAGCUGCCUGGCUUUGGGCAAGUCUGUGCCUCCACUUCCCUCUAUGUAACAUGAAGCCCUCUAACAUCAUUAAACAGUCUCAGGCUCUCAGAGAGCCACAUCGAUAAGAUCAUCUCUGCUCUUUUUCACAGCUACUUUAAAGAUUUUUUUUCUUUCAUCUCUAGUUUCCUCCAAUAUUGUUACACUGCAUUGCUUACUCAAAGAGGUUCCGUUUU